AUGAUCUUGCUCGCGCCCGCCGUGCGUGGACCCUACCUUUUCUUCAGCAAGGCCACAUCCACGGCGGAGGGGGAGGCAGAUUCCGUGCCUGCGCAGAGCAUCAACCUCACGAAAUUCUACCAAGGCGAGUGGCCCCCUCCACUCGAAAAGCCAUCACCGAUUUCGCCCUCGAUAACGGGCGGAGCCUCCGCGCUCAUCAACAUCGAGUCCUCGGACUCAGACUCGGACGUCGAUCCGCGCCCUGCGCGCAAGAAGCGCAAGCUUCUUUAG